GGGAUGGGAGGGGGGAAGGUAAACAAACGUGGCGGUACCAGGGAGGUUGUGGCUGGUGGUGAUGUUAACAUUACCAGGUAUGAUGAAACCUGGCAGAUGAUAGUGUUAACCUGGGCCUCGCCAAGCAUAUGUGUGGUAGACGGUACAACAGACGGCAGGUGUUUCUAUUACAGACUUUAAAUCAGGAUGAUCUGGAAGUGGAUUCAGGAAAACCCAGCUGUAGUUGUUGAUUUUGUUAUUGUGGGGAGUGUAGUGCUGCUUAUCUAUUAUCACAAAGCUGUUGCCAAAGCAGUGCGCUCGUGGAGGAUGCUGAGAUCGGUAAAGGCAGUGGAGAAGAGAAUACAUGUGGUGACUAGUCAGGAGGGCUGGGCAAAGGUGCUGCCAAUACUGUACAGGGAAGCUCAACAAGAGGGUGUUGUGGGGUUUGACUGUGAGUGGGUGCAGGUGCGCUGUCGCCGCCGUCCUGUGGCACUCCUCCAGCUGGCCUCCUGCUCUGGCUUGUGCGUCCUAGUGCGGCUGUCCCACAUGAAAUCAAGCCUUCCUCUUAGUCUCAAAGAAUUUUUAGAAGAUAAGGCAAUACUGAAAGUUGGGGUAGGACCUCUUGAGGAUAGCAACUACCUGACAGCUGAUUAUGGUUUAAAGGUUCGGGGUUGUGUUGACUUGCGUUACCUUGUGCAGCAGUGCCAGGAGUCUGAAGUAUCUUGUGCAAGUAAACCAGCAAGAGGAGGAAAGUCAGCAGGUGGCAUGGGGCUGAACUCUCUAGCACAGAAGUACCUUGAUCGUACCUUGGAUAAGGACUGGCGUGUCAGAGCCAGUGACUGGGAGGCUGAAACCCUCACCAAAAGGCAGGAGAGGUAUGCUGCUGAAGAUGCUCUGGUGGGUGUUCAUAUUUUGAUGGUAUUGAUGGAGAGACUGUGGGUGUCAUGCCCUCCACUUGUCCCUUUCUUGCCACCAACAGCAUGGCAUCAACACCUGGCCACAGCUGUCCACUACAUCUGCCAAGGGUUAAUUGAUGUUAGGUUCUCCAACAAGCAACAAGAUGCAGGUACAACACAGAGCAACUCAACAUGUGCUCCCUUGAAGCAGAAGCUACAUACACAAGAUCACCCAGUGAGGAAGGGUCCUUUGUAUUACAAUUGUCAAUUGAGGGCUCCAGAUGAUGAACCACUGUGCACAAUUGAUCCCAAUAAAGCUCGAUGGUAUGUGAAAGAGGGUCUUGGGGACUUGAUCAAUGAAGAACCACUUGUUGUGCGCUUGAAAUUUGAACCUGCUGGCCGUCCACAAGCUGAGAAGGAGGAUGGCUGGUUUUAUCUUCAAAAACGUUUAAAUAUUUGUGUUGUCUGUGGUAAAGAUGAAUCAUACAUCAGGAAAAAUGUGGUACCUCAUGAGUAUCGCAAACAUUUUCCAGCUAUACUGAAACAUCAUCAAAAUCAUGAUGUGCUGUUACUGUGCUUUGCCUGCCAUAGACAAAGUAACAUGCAGGACAAUGUUUUUCGUUCAGAGCUGGCCAGAGAAUUUAAUGCUCCUGUUGGCGUAGAACAAAAUUUCAAAGUGGCUGUUGAUAAUUCUCGCAAAUUUGUAAGAAAUGCAGCCCGAGCAUUGUUGAAAAAUCGUGAUAACAUUCCUACAAAAAAAGUCUCAGAGAUGGAAAAACUUGUUAAAGAUUUCUACAAGGUUGAUGAUAUUUUAUCAGAGCAUCUUCAAGAUGCAGCCAACAUGGAUAUAAAUUUCUUAAAUGAGGGUUUUCAAGUUCAUGGACAAAAAAUUUAUGAACUAUAUGAGAAAAUUGGCCUUGUAAAACUAGAGCAAAGAUGGCGACAACACUUUCUGGACAGUAUGAAGCCCCAAUACAUGCCUGAAUGUUGGUCAGUUAAACAUAAUGUCUACAAGUUGGGGCUUAAAAUGGGUCGUUUACCACUUGAGCAUCCCAAUCGACUGAUCUAUCAAAUGGCCCUUGUAGGGACAGAGGGAACCAUUGACAUUCCAUACACUCCCCGGUCAUUUCGAGAAGCAACACAGUUGGACACAUCUUCAUCAGCCAGUAGAGAUGCUCCCCCAGAACACUUAGUAUCUACUCAACUGACUGCUGUUAAUGGAGACAUAACAUUUGGGAAUGCAUUGGCAGAAGUUAAUUAUGCCACAUCAAGAAAUAAAAGUGGGACAGAGAAAACAGCAGUAAAGAGCAGUCAGAAAGAGUCUUCUAGAAUAAACAUCAGUAAGAGUAAAGAUAAAGCUUUCAUGGGCAACAUGCUUGUUCAUGGCAGUUCAAGCCCUGAAAAAUCAAAUAUACCUCAAAAAGAAAGUGGAAAGCAUUAUCAAGUGCCUUACAUUAGCACGAAGCCAGAAGUAAUGGAAGACUCAUCCCAAAAGGUAUAUGAUGGAGACACAUGCAGUGACAAAGUGGAAGCAGAUACUGCUGAAGACUCUGAUGUUGAUGUUGUUAUUGAAGAUAUUUCUUAGGACAAUAGUGAGACAUAGCUAGCAACAAAUAAAUUUGUUACUUUUCAA